CAGAAGAAGAAGCUCCUUAAGGGAAGUACGGCGAGGUAGCUUACUCAAUUGAGUGGCACUGCGCAACAUUCACUGGGGGAUUUUAAACAGCUUCUCAGGAGAGGCAGGCCAUCUAUUUUAAAGCUAUCAUAAUGGCUACCGAUUCGGGCUAUGGACAGCAUGGUGGCUCACAGAGUUAUGGUUCUUAUGGCGGUCAACAGGGUGGACAAAAUUAUGGACAGGGUAAUGGUGCUGGCUCUUACGGGGGACAGGGCUAUGGUGGCUAUGGUGGUCAGCAAGGUGCAACACAAGAGGGAUUUGGUCAGUCUCAGGCAGGCUAUGGUCAGCAACAGGGAUAUGAUAAUUUUGGACAGGAGUCAUCUGGGUAUGGUGAGAAGUCGUUUGGACAACAAGGAUCAUAUGGUGGUCAUGGGCAAGGUGGAGACAGCUAUGGACAACAAGGCUCAUACGGUGGACAAGGCAGUGGCAGCGGUGGCUAUGGAAGAUUCAGCGAAGGCGAAGGUGGUGGCCAGGGUGCCAGGUUUGGCCGUGACCAAGGUGACCGGUCAGACGGAGGUGGAUACAGAGGCAGAGGUCGUGGCGGCUACGACCGUGGCGGUUAUGACCGUGGCGGCUAUGACCGCAGUGGUGGAUACGAGCGUGGUGGCUACGACCGUGGUGGAAGAGGCGGACAUCAUGGUAUGGGAGGUGGUGACCGUGGUGGCUUCAAAAAUUUCGGUGGCUCUCGAGACUACGGCUCAAGGGAUGAAUCAGCUGGGGAGCAGGACAACUCUGACAACAACACCAUUUUUGUCCAAGGCCUGGGAGAAGAUGCUUCAGUCCAGGAAGUGGGUGACUUCUUCAAGCAAAUUGGCAUCAUUAAGGUGAACAAGAAGACUGGCCAACCAAUGAUCAACCUUUACUCUGACAAGGCCACUGGUCGGCCAAAGGGAGAAGCCACAGUGUCAUUUGACGACCCACCUUCCGCCAAAGCUGCUAUUGACUGGUUUGAUGGCAAGGAGUUCAACGGCAAACCCAUCAAAGUGUCAUUUGCCACUCGCAGAGCUGAGUUCACACAGCGAGGCGGAGGACGAGGGGGAAGAGGAGGCUUCAGAGGUCGUGGUGGUGGAGGUCCUAACUUUGACAUGAAGGGAGGAGACUGGCCUUGUCCCAACAGUUCCUGCGGCAACAUGAAUUUUGCACGGCGACAAGAGUGUAACAAGUGUGGUGCCCCCAAACCUGGAGAUGCAGGAGGAUUUGGAGAUCGUGGAGGCAGAGGCGGGUAUGGUGGUGACAGAGGCGGCUUCCGUGGCCGCGGAGGGUUCCGUGGUGGCGACCGAGGCGGUUAUGGGGGUGACCGUGGUGGUGGAUAUGGGGGAGGAUACAAAAUGGGAGGAAGAGGUGAGCGGAGGGACGACCGAAGAGACCGGCCAUACUAAAGUCCUACUAGAUCAGAUGAACGUCACUCCUGCCACAGUCCGCCACAGACAGAGGGCUUGGUCAGAGGUGGAAAACCCCCCCCAAAACACCAGUUCUGACUUGUGUCCCUAUAGAUGGCACAGUAGCAUGGGUUUCCACUAUGACAAGGACUCAUUGGCUGUGGCAUGUGCUGGAAUGGUUUUGUUUUAUUUCUUUGUACAUCUUUUUAAUUUUCUGUCCCAUUCUCGGUGCAGAUGUUGUGUGGUAGACUUCAUACCAUUGUUUUUGUAUGAACGAAAUAAAAUUGUUUUACUUUGUUCUCUCUCCCCCCCCCAAACAAAUAUUAAACUGUGAUCUUUCUUUUCA